AUCUUGCAGGUUGAUGUGAGCGGCAGAAAAUCUCCAGACAGAAGUGAGUUUGGGGCAUCAUGGCUUCCACACUGCUGCUCCUGCUUCAGCUGCUCCUGGUCUCACUGGCAUCGGCAUCACAUUACUUUGGGGGAACCGCGACCUUCGCCUACAAAGGAAGAAACCCUGAUGGAACAUUUCAGGUGGACAUUCGCAACAGGCACACCUUCGAUGGGUGUUAUUUCUCCCACUACUGGUAUUGUCUCAACGGCUACUGUGGCACGAACUCCAGAACUCAGAGAGGCGUACUUGACAGGAGCACCAAUGCACCACGAUAUAACGGCCAAUGGUGUGAAACGGAAACAGUCAGUACAAGAAAUGUCCCGAGUGACAAACCUUUCCAAUUGAGGGCAUAUAGCUGUUGUUGGAUCCGAAGACGUGACCUGGGUAAUUAUUGGACAUUACUGACUUCAGUGGAUUUGGGAUCACGAUCUGACACUGGAGAACCAAACCGAUCACCAGACAUUGCCAUUCUACCGUUCCUACGAGUUCCCCAGAACUGCCCACGGACAUACAAACUGAUGUCUUUUGAUCCUGAUGGCGACAAAGUUCGAUGCAGAUAUGGAAAUAUCAGAUAUGUAGAGUGCGGCUCUUGUAACCAACCUUCUGGCUUUGUCUUAGAUCAGGGCUCUUGCACAUUACACUACAACUUCUCCUAUGCCGACCCCAGAGUUUAUGGAUUUGAGUUGGUGGUGGAGGACUUCCCACAGAGGCACAUCACUCUGGCCUAUACUGAUGGAUCCCAAUCCUCCAGGGCUCCACUGAAUGUGAGGAGAAAGAGGCAAGCCACAACUACAACCACGGGACCAACCACCACACCCACAUGGUGGUGGUGGCAAUCGGGGUCCACAACUGCAGCACCAUCUACAACCACGGGACCAACCACCACACCCACAUCGUGGUGGUGGUGGCGGCAAACGGGGUCCACAACUGCAGCACCAUCUACAACCACGGGACCAACCACCACACCCACAUGGUGGUGGUGGCAAUCGGGGUCCACAACUGCAGCACCAUCUACAACCACGGGACCAACCACCACACCCACAUGGUGGUGGUGGCAAUCGGGGUCCACAACUGCAGUACCAUCUACAACCACGGGACCAACCACCACACGCACAUGGUGGUGGUGGCAAACGGGGUCCACAACUUCAGCACCAUCUACAACCACGGGACCAACCACCACACCCACAACCCCAUGGAGUACCACAACUGCAGCAACAACCACACACAUAACCACGGUACCAUAUAGGUAUACUACAACCACAAGUACAGCACCAACCACAACUGCAGCACCAACCACAACUACAGCACCAACUACAACCGCAGCAACAACCACAACCGCAGCAACAACCACACGCAUAACCACCAUACCACAUUGGCAUACUACAACCACACCUACUACAACCACUCCACUGUACACUGGCACCACUCCUCUCAGUAAACUACCUUUGCAAUUCUCCUUUCUUGUGGACCCACCUGCUCCCUCAUGCCAGGAGGGACAUUACUUGCCAAAGUUUGUGCACCCAACACCUGAAAAUGGAGAACGUCUCGUAGCAGAGGUCGACAAAGAAUUGGAGAUCAGAGUCAAAGCACAAGCUGCAUACGCAACAAUACAUGAUAUCAUCAUCAGUGGGCCACUGAAUAUCAGCAAGCACAGGACCACACAUGGCGAGUUUGUCAUUAGGUGGACGCCUAUCGCAGAUGACCAGGGAGAUCAUUACCCGAUCUGCUUUGCUGUUGAAGCAGUGAGCGGGUCUGCUGUAACCACCGUUCACACCACCACAAACCAUCACAGUCAUCACCACCACACCCCAUCUUCACAGUCUGGCAUCUAUCAGUCCGAGAUGAGGUGUGUUCUGGUGAAAGUCCAGAAUAACCAAGUUAACUCCCAUGUGAUCUGCAAUGAGUCAUCAAUGACAGUAUCAGUUGAGAAAUCUUCAUUCCGUGGAGGACUCCAUGAGGAUCAUUUACAGCUCAGUGACCCCUCCAACAUCGCCUGCAGCUUCCAGGAACACUCCAACAGCACUCACGUCAUCGCUGUCGUCCCCCUCAACGCUUGUGGCACUCAGAUUGAGGAAGAUGAUGACAACCUAAUGUUCAAGAAUGUAAUCACCACGGUCGACAACACAGCAGACCUGAUCACCAGGAAGCACCUGCUGAAGCUGCAGUUUGAAUGCCAGUACCCCAAACGUGGAAACGUGACACGAAGCUUUACAGCACACAGGGACAAUAUCUGUGUGUGGGAGAAAGGCUUCGGCAGGUUUACCUACCAGUUUGAGUUCUAUCCUGACAGAAAUUUCCAAACCAUGAGGGAUCCAAAUUCAUACCCUCUAGAGUAUGACAUAGGGAACAGGAUUUACAUGCAGAUAGAGGCCACCUCCUCAGGCAACAACACUGAGCUGUUUGUGGAGUCCUGCACAGCUGCACCAUACGACAACCCAAACUACCGGCCAACCUACUCCAUCAUUGAUAAUGGGUGUAAUGUGGACUCGACUGUUGAAGUAUAUUCCUCCGCCAACAAGACACAGUUCAGGUUCAGCAUAGAGGCCUUCAAGUUCAUCGGCUUGCACGACCAGGUUUACAUCAGCUGUUCAGUCCUGAUGUGUGAAGCAGGGAGCCAGGGCACCAGGUGCUCGAAGGGAUGCAUGAGCAGCUCACCAUGGGGAGGCGGUCAUAGCCAUCACCGCCGAAAGAGAGAGGCUGUCACUCAGAGUUCAAGGCACUUUCUUUCCCAGGGUCCCCUGCGUUUAAGGAGAUCAGCAGAGAUAAUCGGAAGCCCAGUGAUCAACCUGAAUCUGAACCUGGUAUUCAUCGCUGGAUGUCUUCUUGCAGCCGUUGGCAUGAUCAGUGCAGUGGCCAUUUACAAAACCAAAGUGUCAAAGGUCAAAUACCAACCUUUGACCACAGAUGAAAGUUAAGACAGUGGUGUGUUCAGAAUACAAAUUCUGUAUUAAUUUCAUUUUACUACAUAAAGCUUUUUUGAUUAAUUUUGCUUUCAGAUAUUGAGUGUUCAUAUAUCUAAUUAUGUGCCCAUUUAAAUGAAUUGAUUUCAUAUUGUGACCUUCAGAAAUGUCUACUGCUAUAUAAGAGGAAAUACUUCAGCGAGGAAAAAUCUGUGUCUGUGCAAAGAGGAAAGUAGAAAGGCAGUUUUAUAUUAAUCAACACUGAAAGGAUGAUCAACAAAUACUGCAGAUGCUGGGUGAUUGUUCAAAUGUGGUGUUUGCCGUUGUUUACCGUGGAAUCCCAUGCUAUUAUAUAAUACAGUAUGAUUUAAUACAAGUAUCUUGAUUGAUAUGUGUAGUCCGACCCAAUCAUAAUCAUUUCUUUAUAUGCCAAAAGCCCUUUACGAAUAGACCAAAGUAGAUUACUUGCUUAAUGGAUCAAUAAAAACUUAUAUUCUCUUCCAUA